AUGGAAUACACUCAUUGGUUCGCAGUUCCUCAGUGGUGUGUGGAGUUCGCUCUGUCUCAUGAGUUCUCUCAGGGUCUGGUGUGCUGCUCUCAGCCAUACGCGGCGGCCGCCUGCAGUCUGGCGCUCAGAGUGGCUGAUGAGAUGGACUUGAGUCUGGGGUUGGAGGUGGGCUACAGGGUCCCACACGAGGACGGCUGCACGCCGGACACCAUACUGCGGUUUGUCACAGACUCUCUCCUGCUGGAGGAAAUGAUGUCAGACCCUCUGCUGCGCCAGUACGGGGUUUUGGUCAUUGAUGAGGCUCAGGAGCGCACAGUGGCGACGGAUGUGCUGCUGGGGCUGCUAUGUGAUGUGUGCCGCCAGCGCGCUGAGCUCAGGGUGGUGGUGCUCACCGCGCCUGCAGUUGCUCAUACCUUCGCCAGCUUCCUGGGAGAGAGUGUUCCUCACCUCAGCGUUCCUUCGCAAACCAACACCACCGAAAUACUGUACCGAGAGCUGCCGGCAGGACGUGACCUGGCCACAGCUUCCUGUCACAUGAUCCUGGACCUACACCGCAGGGGAGAGGAAGGAGACAUACUGGUGUUCCUCCCUAGUGUGCAGGAGAUUCAGGAGUGUCGCGUGGCACUGGAGAAGGAGUGUGUGUCUCUCAGCGCUCAUCUGCUGUCUCUGCGCGUGAUCGAUCUGCACGCCGGUGUCGGAGGAUCAUCGCAGCAGCUUUACAACUCCGAGAGUCCUGAGGACAAGCAGCAGGACGAGCUGCCGGACACUGUAGAGUCUCCAGCCCAGAGACGCAGAGUCAUCCUCACCGACGUCUUAGGGGAGGCUUCAUUCUCUCUCAACAACAUCCGAUACGUCAUCGACAGCGGCAUCCAGCUGAAGACCAUCUACAACCCACAGAUCCGAGCAGAUUCACAGCUUCAGCAGCCCAUCAGCAAACAGCAGGCCGACACACGCGCCCGCAGGGUCAACAGCACACUGCCAAGCGUGUGUUUUCGGCUGUACUCUCAGCUGAUGUAUGAGGAUGAGAUGCCUGCGUCUCGCUGUCCGGCGGUGACAGAAGCAAACCUCAGUCAUCUGGUGCUGCUGCUCAAGCGGCUGGACAUUGCAGACAUGGGCCAGUGCAAGUUCCUGGACCGGCCAGCUCCGGAGGCACUGAUGCAGGCACUGGAGGAUCUGGAUUAUCUGGCGGCUCUCGAUGACGACGGGAAUCUGUCAGAGGUGGGAAUCAUCAUGUCUGAACUUCCUCUGGAGCCGCCAUUAGCCAAAGCUUUGAUUGCGUCCUGUGAGUUUGACUGCGUGAAUGAGCUGCUGACCAUCGCUGCCAUGCUGACCGCUCCGCCGUGCUUCAUAACACCACCAGCUAAUAAAGAGGAGGCGGCAGCGACGCACAGACGACCCCUGCUGCAUCCAGACGGAGAUCACAUGACCCUCAUCAACGUCUAUAACGCUUAUCUACAGCAUAAUGAAGACGAGGUCUGGUGCAGGACAAACUUCUUGAAUGCCUCUGCUUUACGAUUGGCUGUGGUGAUCAGGGCGGAGCUACUGGAGGUGAUGCAGCGAAUCGAGUUGCCUGUCUCUUCUCCCGCUUUCGGUUGCCAGGACAACAGCACCAAUAUUAAGAGAGCUUUGAUAUCGGGCUUCUUCCUGAAGGUUGCUCAUGAUGUUGACGGCUCAGGGAACUAUCUGCUGCUCACGCACCGGCACGUGGCUCACCUCCACCCCUUCUCAUCGUACCACUGCCGCCGACCGCAGCCCAACCCGCCCAGCUGGGUGCUUUACCACGACUUCACCAUCUCACACGACAACUGCAUCUGCAUCAUAUCUGAGAUUCACCCACAAAUGUUGGUGGAGCUGGCGCCUCAGUACUAUCUAGGGAACCUUCCAGCCAGUGAAGGCCGAGAUCUGCUGAUGGGCCUCAGACAGAGUUUAUUUCCUCCAGAUGAGCAGGACACAAACCCUCAGGACCAAAGCCAUGAAGAAGUGGGCGGUCAGUACAGUGCAGAGACAUGCAGCGUACAGUAGCUGAAACACUCACUGCACACAAACUCAAACCAGCAGCAGCGGUGGUGCAGUAAACACCUCCAGACGACUGUUAUCUCUCUUCAGCAGCCUCAAUCAAUCUCACCUGAGAUCUCAUCAGGCUCAGAUUUACUAUUUCUGUAACUGACUUGCUAUGAAAUAUAUAUUUAUAUAUUUUUAAUAGUAAAUAAAGACUUCUUUCUGGAUGAAGUAAGGGAACGGAGUCCAGCAAACGCACUCUCAUCCUCCUGCAGCCGAUCAGAUGAAGCUCAAAUCAUGUCCACUCACAUGAAGACUCUAGUCACAUCAGUAAUAAAUAGUAGUCUGUCGUUAGACAAUCUCUCUUGUAGAAUAAAUGAAUUACAGCUGUCUGUGAACAGCAUGGAAGCUUACUUCUGCCAUGAAAUAAAAAUAUAAAAAAGGUAAUUGUGAAAAACUCAGAAUUGCGAGAUGUAAACAGAAUGCAGAGAUAAGUCAAAACUGCGAGAUGUAAAUUUAAAAUUCUCACAAUUGUAAAAUAUAUAAAUUCUAAAAUUCUUAAAUUGUAAAUUCUCACAAUUGCAAAAUAUAAACUUUGCAAUUCUAAGAAAAAAGUGAGAUAUAAACUCACGAUUGUGAGUAGGCAUGGGCUGGUAUGAGAUUUUGACAGUAUGAUAACCUUAAGCAAAAAUAUCACGGUUUCUC